CCAGGUGUUAGAGCAACUGGUGACAGAACGCUACACAGGUGGUAGUCAUGGAAUAAGAGAGCACAUCCUCAGGAUGAGUAAUAUGGCAGCAAAGCUCAAGCCCAUGGAUGCGGAUCUGGAGAUCAAACCAGCACUCCUGGUCCACCUGGUCAUGGCUUCACUGCCACAGGAGUUUGCAACUUUUGUUGUAAACUAUAAUAUGUCACUUGGAACAUGGGACAUUGAAAAGACAAUAGCAAUGUGUGUCCAAGAAGAGGACAGACUCAAAGCCGCACAUGGUGGUUCAAUCAACUAUGUGAAGGAUUGGAAGAAAAAGAACUACAAUCAAAACAACAAAAGUUCUCCUUCAAAGAAUGGAAAAGCCCCCUAUCAGCAUCAGCAUCAGCAACAACCUUUCUCAGUGGACAAAGACACGUGUCUCCACUGCAAGCAGAAAGGGUAUUACAAGAAAGACUGCGCUGCUUGGCUGAAGUCAGUCAUGGCAAAAAGAGGGAUUCCAUUCGACGCGAACUACGCUAAGAAGCGAAAGACGCAUUGAAGUGGCAAACGGAGUUGAAGCAAAAGUUGAAGCUGUCGGUGAUAUCUCCUUGGAGUUAGCUGGCGGAUUCAAUCUUCUACUUAGAGAUGUUUUAUUUGUUCCAUCAUGUCAUAGAAACUUAAUUAGUGUUUCUUGUUUGGACAAAGAUAAUUAUGAAUGUCAUUUUGGACAUGGCAA